UGUUGAGCGCAUGGCAGCUUGUGGUUGGCCUUGCUUGCGGGACAACAAACACACGAGAACUUGAGGUAAGCAUUGCCUUAACGCCACAACUACCACAAUCUUAGUUAAUAUCCACAAUUAUUGUGGUCCAUUCCCUUCAUUAUUCCACUGCUUGCUUCUUAUUAUCUCAAACUUAUAUUUAUAUCAUUGGAAUCAAUAUUAUUACUCUCUCUUCAGUCACAAUAUUGGAGCCUUCACCCAUACCCUACCCUCAGAAAAUAUUAACCAUAAUACAAAUAUUAAAAAAGCAUCAACUGAAUCUGUUCCUGCUUCUGUCUUUCACAGGACACACAAUGAACAUUAUGUCCACCCACCAGUGUGGUUGGCCCCUAAGAAUCCAGGAUCAUCCUGACAAAGGAAGUAUUAAUAAGGCUCAAUUUUCAGGAUAUCAUUCUCCCUCCAAAGGAUUAGACUUCCUUAAUGUUGCUCAACAUAAAUGUUGCAAUACUGCCAGAAAAUGUAGGCCUAUUUUUGCCAGUACAGCGAGUGACAAUAUGGAUCCCUAUGAUUCAGAUGAUAGUGACAAGAACAAAUCUCAGAAUAAUGAUGAAAUCAAAGGAAAAAAUGAUCAGGUGAAUAGUGACAGGCUCAGAGAAAGUCUCGAGAAAAUAGUCGGUACAGAUGAUUCGAGAUUUAGUGGAUUUGACCUUGCUACUCUUAUCAGGAACAAAUAUGGGAAAUCUUAUGAUGUCCAGUUGAUUAAGAAGGAAUUCAUGGGAAGAAAUUUCCUUGCUAUGAAUGUCAUGUGGAAGUACAUGGAGCAGAGAUCAUUCCCCUUGACCGAAGAAGAAUAUAUUUUGAGGCUCGAUGAUGUUGCAAACUCGUUAAAAUGUUGGGGAGCUGUCUCGCAUAUUCGGAACAGCCUAGCAAAGUCGAAAGAACGACCUCGGAUAGGGAAGGCCGUGAGCAUUUUUAUAGAUAUGGACGAGUCUGGUGCACGUGCAAACGAGUGGAUCUACAAGUAGAUUGCACUGAUGAACUGAAAUUCAUCUCAAAGGUGGUGUCUAUAGUCAGCAGCACCACCCUUUUUUUGGGAACUUCUUGGGGAUUUAUUAUACGUUUAUACUUGGAUCGUAACAAAAUCUACAGAAUCCUUCUAACAUUUCUAUUGAAAUCACUUCAAGGCAACUGUAUUUUUUGUUCUUCCUGACCUAUUUCUUCUGUUUGUUUACAGUAGUGGUGUAAAUUUGGAUUAAUAUAAGAAAAGCAUCCACAUUAAAUUUGGAUUCAUUGUGUUAUCCUAUUACUUGGGAAAAUUACUUGAA